AUGUUGGUCAACGCCUUUACCUCAAUUUUCACCCCACCUCUCUUUGACAAAGUCGCUUGUUUAGAAAUUAACAUCAAUAUAAAACGAGACAAGCGUAGCGCAAAUGGUGGUAGUGCUCUAGAUACGACAUCUGCAAGUAUCACGUUGACAUCUUACUGUGAGGAGUUAACCCGACGUUUGCGAAACGAAAAUCGUGUUUUGUAUUCAAUGCAGCAUCCUCACCAUCCUUGUAAAAUUUCAGUAGAUAUGGAAGAUUCCGGUUUAAGCCGCAUUUGUCCGGGACCCUUAUGGAAGUAG